AUCCUUCGUGCUUGAUGGACGCCUUUUGUUCGCGCUUGUGCCAGCCUUCAGAGAAACCAAAAAUAUCAUUUUCAAUCGUAUGAAACUUAUUGUUAUUGAAGCAUUGUUUCGUUUUCCAAUUUGUUUGCCCGACCCCCGCUCUCGCCCCCUCCAUACCGUCAAUGUUUGUGUGUGAAAAUCCGUGAAAAAUCAAGUGAAUCUCCCCCCACAUAAAAGUGUCGUGUCGUGUGCCCCCACAUUCUCCAUAUCAUAUAUAAAUAUAGUAUACGGAACGAGAGUAUAUGUGCAUAUACUAUAUUGCAUAUUUGGCGCCUAAAACUGUCAAAAUAAGCGAAGGAUACUCCCCCAGGCAGGCAUUGUGUCGAUUGUUAUAGUCUCUACAAGAACCACAAGAACGAAAUACAUACAUAUGUAAAACACCAGGAACUGGACCAAUUUUUAAUCAAAAAAAACGAAACGAAACGAAACAAAACACACAAAAACAAUCAACAAUCUACUCACCGACCUCUUGCUAGACUUCUACAUUCUAUAUACUCGUAUACUCGAAGUCCAUAAUUUGGAAGAACCUUUUGUAACGACAACUUUUGGAUAAACAUAUCUCUAGACGAAAUCGAAGCCCCAUCCCCCGCCAGGAGAGGAAAGCAGAGGAGUGUCCUAGCCCCGUCCAUUGACAACCCAUUCCCCAGGAAGUGUAACCAGAGAAAGCAUCCAAGACGGCGCCGCUUAAACCGCAAGCCUACAAAAUUGGUCGAAUGUUAUGUUGUGGCUUCUGUUGUGGCAACAUGUCGAAAAGGGAUUACAAAGUUGCCACCACGGAUGGCAUCGAGCUGGAGCCGUUGGGCGGCGAAAAGAGCGACAAGGAGAAGGACAAGGAUAAGGAGAAGCAAACGAAUGGCGUUACCUUUGGUGGCGAAUCGAGUGGAGGCCGCCAGACGCGCACCGGAGUCGCCGUCUGCUCGCAGCGUCGGGCUCUCCUGGUGGCUGGGAUCGUGCUCGGCUCCCUACUCCUGACGGCCAUCAUCAUUGCCUACGCCGGACCGUCGAACGACUGCUCCUGCGGGACGAAAACCGUGUCCGGCUAUGAAACGGAUGAAGAGAACAACACCCAGCCCUUCAAUCCGAUUGCCACCAACGGGGAACCCUUCCCCUGGCUCGAGAAGAUGCUGCCCACCAGUGCCCGACCCCUCAGGUACAUGGUCACCAUUCAUCCCAAUCUGACGACGUUGGACGUCAAAGGACAAGUCACCAUCGAUUUGCACAUUGAGAAGGAGACCAAUUUCAUUGUCCUGCACAUCCAGGACCUCAACGUCACCGAGAAGGCCAUUGUGACCCCUGGACCGAAGGGAUACGCCCUGAAGAUUGUCAAGGUGCUGGAGUUUCCGCCCCGCCAGCAGCUCUACAUCGAGGUGAAGGAGAAGCUCAAGAAGAAGUCCAAUUACACCUUGAACCUCCGCUGGUACUCAAAACUGAAUCCCGAACCGGAGGGCUUUUAUGUGGACCAGUACGAGAGCUCCAAUGGUGUGGAAAGAUUACUGGCUGCCACUGUCUUCCGACCGAAUGGAGCACGACGGGCCUUCCCCUGCUUCGAUGAGCCGCAUGUGAGGGCCCCCUUCCGCAUAUCCGUGUUCCGCGAUCGCUUCCACAUCGGUCUCUCCAACUCCAUUGUGCACACCACCGAAGAUGUGGGCUUCUAUAUGGGCACGGGAUUACUUCGGGAUGACUUCAUUGAGACUCCUGCCUUGCCCGCUGAUGCCGUGGCUUGGGUGGUGAGCGACUUCCAGCGUGAAUCCCUGCAGCCCUCGGCCGCCUACAUACCCACCACAGCGGCUCCCUACAGCACGGGGGCCGGUGGCAAGAAGUCCGCACAGUUGAACAACUACACGCAGCUUAAGAGCAAGAACCCGCCCGUCCGCAACAUCACUGCCCUGACGCACUCGCUUAACGUGAACCUCACGCCACGCCAGAAUCUCAGCCAAAUCGCAGCGGCGGCCACCACAACGACAGCCCUGCCCGUGAGCCUCAAUGGGAACGGGAAGCCCACGAAUCUCACCUCCUUGUCGCAGUCGACGGGCUCCUCCAUCAAGCGAGCGCCAUCGUACACCUUCUAUGCGCCGCGGGAUCUGCUGGUGCGCUCUUCGUUUAUACUUCACACAUCGCGGGAUGUGCUGGAGUACCUGCAGACGUGGCUGGACAUUAGCUAUCCCUUGACCAAGGUGGACUUUGUGGCACUGCCCUCGCUGGACCGAAACAUGAUCUCCUCGCUGGGCCUGGUCACGCUCAAGACCUCCUUCCUCACGGAUCCCAGCUCCAUAACUUCGGAGCAGUACCAGUUCAGUGCCCUGCGCAUUGCCGAGGCCAUGGUGCGGCAGUUCUUCGGCGGCAUCACCUCCCGCAAGGUGCUCAAGGACGUCUGGCUGUGGGAGGGGCUCAUCCAGUACCUCGGCAUCCAUGCCCUCGCCCCGCUCCAGGAGAGCUGGCCCCUGAGGGAGAUGUACCUGCUGAAGAUGGCCACGGCGGCACUGGACAUCGACGCCAUCCAGGGCUGGGACAGCAUCAUGAACGGCACCAGUCACGAUGGCAAGAACGAGGACUUCUUUGUCCAGAAGACGGCGGCCAUAUUCUCGAUGCUGCACACGGCCAUCGGGGAGGAUCGCUUCCGCGGCUGCCUGGGCUCCUUCCUCAAGGUGAACCGCUUCAAGACCGCCGAACCGACGGAUCUCUGGACCAUCUGCACCAAAAAGGCCAACGGCUCGAAGAACAUCAAGGACAUGAUGACCCUGUGGACCCACCAGCCCGGCUUCCCCCUUCUCACCGUCACGAAAAUGGGCAACAGCGUCUCCAUAUCACAGCGCCCCUUCCGGCCCGCCGACUUUCUAGCCAUUCACGACGACUCCUACGACGGCAACAACUACAACAAGACCUCCCUGAAUGCCACCGACAUGCCCAGCACAGUGCCCCCCACGCCCCAGGGCAAGCACAAGGCGGCGCCGCACAUGAAAUGGAUCUUCCCCGUCACCUAUGUGACGGACAUCAACAACGUCAGCGAAACCCUGUGGAUGCAGAAUGUGGAUAUAAACUUCAAUGUGCCGGAGAACGUCAAGUGGAUCAAGGUGAAUGCCAUACAAAAUGGUUACUAUCGCGUAGUCUACAACGACGACAACUGGGCAAAUCUCAUCGAAGAACUAUCCAACAAUCCCAACAGAUUCAGCAGCGAGGAUCGCUUGGGCCUGCUGUCCGAUGCCUUCACGCUGUGCCAUGCCAAUCUGCUGCCCUGCGAGAUCACCAUGAACAUGAUCCAGUAUCUGCCCAGCGAAACGAACUACGGACCCAUGGCCCUGGCUCUGAGGCAUUUGGAGAAGUGGCGGCGGAUACUCAAGUACUCUGAGUGCUUCCUGAUGCUCAGUGAAUUCAUCAAGAUGAAGAUCUCUACGGUUAUGGAGAAGGUGGGCUGGACGGAUGAGGGCGAUGUGGCUGCCAGAUUGAUGCGACCAGAAGUUUUGCUGGCAUCGGUGCUGUGGGAGGAUAUUGAUAGCAUAACCAAGGCCAAGAACAUGUUGAAUCAGUAUCUGUACUAUAAUGGAUCGGCCAUAGCGCCCAAUCUGAGAGAGGUGGUCUACACGGGUUCCAUUCUCUCCGGGGAGUAUAUAUAUUGGCAGCAUUGCUGGGAGCGAUUCGUUACCCUCCAGCGGACCUCCGAGACAUUUGUCGAGCGAAUGCAACUGCUGCGUGCUUUGGGCAGGACCAAGGAUGCCUGGCUGCAGAACCGGCUGCUGUCGCACGUGACCAUGCUGCCCACAGAGGAGGUGGUACAGGUGCUCAAGGCAAUUGCUGGCACGCCCACAGGUGGGGCCAUGGCCUGUCGCUUCCUGCAGGCCAAGUGGUUCGAGCUCGAGAAGCGCCUGGGACCGGGAACGAUCAGCUUUGCCAAGGUGAUCUCGGCCAUCACCCAAUACGGAGCCACAAAAUUCGAUUACGAUGAGCUUAAAUCGCUGGUACAUCGCUUUGGCAGGGGCCAGGGCAUGGCCGUGCUGAACAUGACCCUCAGCAGUGUGGCCUCCAAUGUCGAGUGGGUGGCCCGCUCCCAGACGUCGCUCUACAAGUGGGUGGAGAGCAACCUGCACUCGCACCGCCGAUAAAGGACAGAGGAACCCCCAGGAAGAACUUCACUUCUUCUCACUCAUUUGUAAUUAUGUUCCUCUCAGACAGACAGACGGACAGACAAACAGACAGACAGACGGAAGAUCUUCAGUGGAUUUUGAUUUCGCCGCGUAAACUAUGGAUCUAUAAUCUAUACCAUAUCAUUGCCAAUCUCCUUGGUUCUCUACUCUCAACUCAAACACACACACUUUAAUUUUAGACACCCCUUGAAACGAACUCAAAUGUAAAUUACGAUCGAUCAGAGGAUCGGGAAGUUCUUAUACGAGUAUAGUUCUUAUAUGUGUACUAUAUAUAUAUCUAUUCCAAUUGAGAAAACAGAAACAUUUUCUAUAUCUACAACUGAACAUAAGGAUCUAUCUAUAUAUGUACUAUAUAUUGUAUAUGUAUGUAUAUUUUACAAACCGACAAAACAUAUUUAGAGCAAUGUGGGAUAAAUGUAGUUCGUAAGCAGAAGAAACAAAAACAAAAGAAAACCAAAGCAUAUUUUUUCAGAAAAACUUAAAGAAAACAAGCCCAUGAUCAACUAAGGAUUGCAUUCUAUAUAUGACAAAAAAAAACAAACAACAACACUGUAUAGCCUAUAUUGUAUGUUAGUAUUAGUGACCAGCGUGAAUGUGUAUUUGUGUGUGCAUCAGUGCGUGUGUGUGUGUAUAUUGAAAUAUCACAAAAAUCUUCCUUUUUGUCCAAUCGAAAUUAAUUUAUUUAAUAUUUAAUAAUUAUCUAACAGAAGAAAGCCUGCCUGACACUGAAAAAUGAUCUUAAAUCGGUUAUAAAAGAAAGAGGGGGCCUCGCAUAGAGUUCGCAUAGGGGGCCUCGCAGCAGGAGUUACAAGAAGCUACAACUUAUAGAACCCCAAAGGGAUAUUUCAACAGAUAUAAUCAACUAAUUUUUGAUUCUUUGACAGACUUCUAAGAGUAUUCUUCUACACGAUGUAAACUUAAAGAACCCACAAAGAAUUCUUGAAAAGUUUCAACAGAAUAGAAGGAUAGUACUUCUAAUCCUUCUUUAGUUGAACAACAAUCGAUAUACAAUUCUUUACAGAUUUCUAUGAAAUUUCAUUCCUGAAAUACGUUGAGAUCAGAUCACUGUUAAAGGAGGAGUUACACGAAUAAUUUUCAAAUAACUUACAUAUAUAUUAAAUAUUAAAGAUUUUUAUCUUGUCAUUUAUAUGUAAUUCUGCACAGAUUUCUACCAGAUUUCAUCCCUUAAAACCGAUGUUAACCGAUCACUGCUAACAAUCGAUAAAAGGUAAUAUGCUAGCAUUAUUAAUUGCGAUAAAUUAGCACAUUUAUCAUUAUCAAAAACAGGAACGACCCCAAUCAGAAUUGGCUGACAUCAAGAUAACAACUCAGAGCAAGUUUAUAAAUACAAUGGGGGGUAUGCAUAUACUUCACAGAAACUUGCAAAGAGAUGAGAAACAAACAAGAUAUCGAGUGGACAGGCUUUUAAAUAGACCCAUCCGCCUUUCAGCCCCAUCUGAGAUAUUGGUUAACAUUAUCAUAUAUAUAGUUAACAAAGAUGACAACAGAGUCUCCUAAUGAGGUCUGUUCUAGUGAUGUUCGUAUCGUUAAGAAACAUUCCUUAGUAAUCAAUAUUGCUUGCCAAUACCAUAUAGCUGCCAUGGAAACACAAGUCUUAAAGAUACUCAACGUACUAUACAUGAUUAUGCCAAAUUAGAUCAAAAUCGGUUAACAUAUAGCACUCACAAGUAGCAAACACGAUUGUAAGUUCAUUUGAAGCUCGUUCUGGUGUGUCAGGCAGGCAACAAAAAACCAAAAACAGAAUACAGAUUACAAAAGAUACCAUAUAAAGAAGCCCAUGCUGUAGUUUUGAUAGAACCCUUAACCAUAUAGAGCCUAUGGAAGUAGCAACCAAAAUUCGACACUCUUUAUUUACGCACUCGCAUAAGACAACCAAAAAAAGGAUAACCAAAACAGAUUACGUUCUGAGACUACGAUUUAUGCUUUAAUUUGAGCAGUUUUACCGUUUAAUGAUAGAUAUCGUGGCUUAUCACUCGAGUGGUUAGCCCUACAGAUAGUAUUUUUGGAUGGUGUUCAAGCGAUGUUUGUGUAAACUUGGGAAACCCGUCGUGGACUUCUGGUCGCGCUUGUCUUAUGGGGGCCGAUGGCAUGCCGGUUUUUGCGUGUUUGAAUACGAGUACGAAAAUGUCUUGCCAUUGGCAGCCAGCUCCGAUAAGAGUGGAGGCCCAUUUGUGUCGAGAGAUUAGCUUUUGCGAGUAGCUACAGAGGCGUAGAUAAGGAGAGACCUUCGGAGGGGUAUACCUAUAGAGAAGCUUCAAGAGCGAUGGUAGAGAAAGAAGAUCAAACCCCCUUUCAACGCCACCUGAGAAACGAGUAUACCCAUUUCUCAAUCGUCAAUCUAUUCGCUCACUAUUGACAAACGUGCCCAACGUUUGGGCAUUGUUGUUAGGCAGAGAGGUAGAAAACCUUCAACACCAUUUUUAGUAUGCUAAUUUGAGAUCUCUGAUUUCGUUUUUGAUUUUGUCGGAGGAGAAGACUUGUCUUUUGGGAAACGAUAUGCUUGGCUUUAGAUACACUUAAGACUAACUCAAUGAUACUCGUACUCGUACAUUGUACACGUACAUCGUAUAUUCUUGCAACAAAGUCAAUCUGCUCAGAUACCAGAAUAUAGUAUAUAUACA